ACCCUCUCUCUCCCUCUCUCUUAUAUUGAAAUUGGCCAGGGUAGAACAUGAUCACAGAACACCGCUUCAGUAUUGCUGCACAUUGUCGGGCAUUUCGCAAAACCCGAUCACUUGAAACAGAAUAAGCAGACAUAAAGGAAAGGACUUCAGAGUCCCACAUUAUAUUUUUAAAGGUGGACCAACACUUUAAAAAAAAGACCGUCCGAUUGCGCGUGUUGAGCGUUGCAAUCUAGCUAGGUGUUUAAUAACUACAACAGUCUAACUACAGUAUCAAGUAGCUAUGCAUAUGCACGUUAUAAUGCGCGCGAGCAUUGGAUUAGUAGGUUUCUGUCUGGUCGCCUUUGUCCAACAGCCAGCUCGCGCUUCAGGAAGCAAAUCCACUCAAGAUGUGGAUGAGUGUGCAGAGCAAAUUGACAACUGCAGCAUCGAUGCCAUCUGCCAGAAUACACUCAAGUCAUACAAAUGUAUCUGCAAGUCAGGCUACAAGGGGGAUGGCAAGCACUGCGAAGAUGUGGAUGAGUGUUCGGAGGGUAAUGGUGGCUGUCAGCAGAUCUGUGUCAACAUGAUGGGCAGCUACGAGUGUCGCUGCAGAGAAGGAUUCUUCCUGAGCGACAACCAGCACACCUGCAUCCAAAGGCCCAAAGUGCGAUCAGAGGGCACCAAGGAGGGCCCCACCUGCAUGGAUAAGAACCAUGGCUGUGCUCACAUCUGCCGGGAGACACCAAAGGGAGGCAUCGCCUGCGAGUGCAGGCCUGGCUUCCAGCUCACCAGGAACAUGAGGGACUGCAAGUUGACCUGUAACUACGGCAACGGGGGUUGCCAGCACAUCUGUGAGGAGACGGACCACGGCCCCAGAUGUGCGUGUCACAUGAAGUUUGCCCUGCACACUGAUGGAAAGACAUGUGUAGAGACGUGUGCAGUGAACAACGGUGGCUGUGACAGCACGUGUCAUGACGCGGUGACCGGAGUCCGCUGCAGCUGUCCUGUUGGCUUCACUCUCCAGCCAGACCGCAAGACCUGCAAAGACAUUGACGAGUGCCGCCUGAACAACGGGGGAUGUGACCACGUGUGUCGGAACACAGUGGGCAGCUUCGAGUGCAGCUGCAAGAAGGGCUACAAGCUGCUGACCAAUGAGAGGACUUGCCAAGACAUUGACGAGUGUUCUUUUGACCGGACGUGUGACCAUUCCUGCGUCAACUCCCCCGGCAGCUUCCAGUGCUUCUGUCAUAAAGGCUAUGUUCUCUACGGUCUGGCACAUUGUGGAGAUAUUGAUGAGUGCAGUAUAAACCGCGGUGGCUGUAAAUAUGGCUGUGUAAACACUCAGGGCAGCUACGAGUGUACCUGUCCACCUGGAUACAAGCUUCACUGGAACAAGAAGGACUGCAUUGAGCUGGUGAAAUGUCUGCCUGGCCUAGCUCCCAAGACCACUCUGACCUGCAGUAAAACGGGCAAGAAAGAGAGCUGCUCCCUCACCUGCGCCUCCAAGGCUCACUAUCUGGCAGAAUCUGACAGCAGCUAUACAAUGAGCUGUGGCAUCCCCAUCCUUCGAGGCAAAACCCCAGCCAGACUGAACACAAGCAGCAGUCAGAGCUGCAUAGAGACAGGCGCACCUCCAGUGAAGCAGACUGCCUCUUUCAAGAUCAAAGAUGCCAAGUGCCACCUGCACCCCAAGCUGACAGGCCGGGCUGAGGACAGGGGCCGAGCGCUGGGGCCAGGAGGUGGACAGCCCUGCAAUAACUGCCUGGUGACGUUUGUCAACCUCAAAUGUGACUCCACCAAGAAGUCCAAAGGCCGCCGUGCCCGCAACCCCACCAAUAAGGAAGUGACACGCAUCACCCUUGAGUUGGAGGCGGAAGUCAAGCCAGGGGACACCACAGGGAGCUGUAACCUGAGUUGCCUGCGCCAGCGCAUGGAGAAGCAGGUGAAGACGUAUAUCAAGGCCCUGAAGAAGUCGAUCAACCAGGACCGUUUCCUGAUCCGCGUGGCUGGGCUGGAGUACGAGGUGGCCCAGAAGCUGCCCCAGGUCGCCACAAGCCAUGAGAACUGUGGGCCAGGCCGUGAGAAGGAUAGCGGACACUGUGUCAGAUGUUUGCCGGGAUCAUACUACCACGGGGAACAGGAGCGCUGCGUCCAGUGCCCACCUGGCACCUUCCAGGAGAGGGAGGGGCAGCUGGCCUGUGACCUGUGCCCUGGAAGUGACGGGCAUGGACCUGCCGGGGCACGCAACAUCUCCUCCUGCGCAGGUCAGUGCCCCACUGGGUACUAUUCCAGUGAUGGGUUUAAGCCAUGCCAGCCAUGCCCGUAUGGCUCCUAUCAGCCAGACCUGGGACGGACCCUGUGCUUCCCCUGCGGAGGGGGGCUGAGCACCAAGCGGGAGGGGGCCAGCUCCUUCCAUGACUGUGAGGUUAAAGUUCAGUGCUCCCCUGGCCACUACUACAACACUACGGUGCACCGCUGUAUUCGUUGCCCUCUGGGCAGCUACCAGACAGAGUUCAGACAGAACUACUGCAUUACCUGUCCUGGCAACACCACUACAGACUUUGAUGGGGCCACCAGUGUCUCUCAGUGCAAGAACCGAGAAUGCGGAGGAGAGAUGGGCGAGUUUACAGGUUACAUUGAGUCUCCCAACUACCCCGGGAACUACCCAGCUAACGUGGAAUGCAUCUGGAACAUCAACCCGCCCAGCAAGCGCAAGAUCCUCAUCGUGGUGCCUGAGAUCUUCCUGCCCUCAGAGGACGAGUGUGGAGACGUACUGGUUAUGAGGAAGAACUGGUCGGCCACGUCCAUCACCACCUAUGAGACAUGUCAGACGUACGAGCGACCCAUCGCCUUCACCGCCCGCUCACGCAGACUCUGGAUCAACUUCAAGUCCAACGAGGCUAACAGUGCCCGAGGCUUCCAGAUCCCCUAUGUCACCUACGAUGAGGAUUAUGAACAGCUUGUAGAGGACAUUGUCAGGGAUGGAAGACUCUAUGCCUCUGAAAACCAUCAAGAAAUCCUAAAGGAUAAAAAGCUGAUUAAAACUCUCUUCGAUGUGCUGGCCCACCCAAACAACUACUUCAAGUACACCACUCGGGAGUCCAACGAGAUGCUGCCGCGCUCGUUCAUACGCCUCAUAAGCAGCAAAGUCUCCGGCUUCUUGCGUCCAUAUAAGUAGUUGCCACACCAAGCCCGCCCCCUAAAGCACCAGAUCCCGCCCCCUCUUACAGGCCAAACACAGAACUCUCACAGGACUUUAAACAAGUUGACCAAAAUAACUAUUUUUUUCUUCUAUUUUUUCAUACUGUAGAGGCUUUGACGACACACUUCACUAUGCAGUCCCACAUGUUGAUCUUCUUCAUCUGUUUGGUUUUAAGCCAUUUCAUUUCCUCCAAAACCAUGCAGUCCAUGAAGUCAACCACCUUGAGUCAAAGUACAGUCUUUCUCAUCUCUUCUUUCUGAAUAUUUAUCACCACUACAAUAUGUUGGUGUCUUAGUUUUUUUGCUGUUUCUAUUAGCAUAUAUGACCUUGUAUGUCAUUUUCACAGCAAUCCCCAAUGCGAAGGAUGUGUGCGUAUUUCAGAUGACGCAUGUUAAGUCUGUGUUGACAAAAUGGACAACGGUAGUGGCAUUUAUGUCAGACAAGAAGAAGGAUGUUACAAGGGUAAUAAGUUUGUCACGUGUGUUUAGAGUUGGAACUGAGUUAUCGUAAAUGUGCUUUAAUAAAUAGUCUUUCACUUGAGUUCCAGCUUCAGCUCAAUCCAUUCCAGGACGAGUCUGUUUCGAUAAAUGUAUAACCUUUUGUAGAUCUAUAUCCUCCAUAAGCAGUCCUCAAGGAGAAGGACCUGUCAGUUUCAUGUCAUAGUUACAUUCCACAACAUUCAAAGCCUUACUAUAUCUGAGCUCUUAGAGCAACUUCUUGUUAAGGUGUUACUGUUAAAACAGUUAUUCUAUGUUUUUUUCUUCUGUCCAGAUUGUAUAACUGUUACCUAUGUUCAGACAUUUUCUGUUAUUCUAUAUCCAAGUUAACUUAACAAAGCGUAUACAAUGUAGUUUAUCAUUUUUUCCAGACCGUGAUGGACAUUUUGGAAAAUAAAUAGAAAACUAGAUUUGCGAAAGCCACAGGAGAGAGACAGAAAUGUCUCUAUGUCUCUGUGGACCAUGACUGGUGAGGGAGAGACAGAGAGACAUCUUAAUUAAGGGACACGCCUCUGUUGAUACAGACAAUGUCUUUGUUGGACACGACUCUGUGAGAGAGAGACAGAGAAAUGUCUUUGAGGGACACGACUCUGAGAGAGACAGAGAAAUGUCUUUGAGGGACACGACUCUGUGAGAGAGACACAGAAUUGUCUUUGAGGGACACGACUCUGUGAGAGAGACACAGAGAAAUGUCUUUGAGGGACACGACUCUGUGAGAGAGAGACAGAGAAAUGUCUUUGAGGGACACGACUCUGUGAGAGAGAGACAGAGAAAUGUCUUUGAGGGACACGACUCUGUGAGAGAGACACAGAGAAAUGUCUUUGAGGGACAUAUAUUUGCUGCUUCUUUUAAAAAGGUCACUUUAAUUCUUCAAUCUCAAGUCCUUUUUCUGGUGUUUUCAGACCUCGCAUCACACUAAUAGUCCAUUGCUUUAAUACAGGGGUGUCAAACUCAUUUUGCUCCGGGGGCCGCAUUCAGUCUUCAACAAGGUCCGGAGGGCCGCAUUGAAUUAAAAAAAAUAUUUCCUUGCUGUCAAUCGGUUUAGGAAUUUUGAAAUUGUUUUAACUUUCAAGUUUUUAUUGUUUUACUCAAACCACCCGCGGGCCUCAUUGGACCUAUGUUUGACACCCCUGCUUUAAUAUAAAAUAAAGUUGAGAGAUGCAUCAGAAGUAUAAAUAUAAUUCUACCACCUGUCCUCAUGUAAAUGAUAGUCACAUCACAUUUGUCUCUUCAUCCAUGGCCUACCAACCCAUUUUAUUGAAUUUUUCUUUCAAUCUUGUAAAUAAUGAAAAUAAAUUUGACGGGGAUUGAAUCCUUUUAAUCCUAAUUAUCUUGAGCAGGACCCCAAACUAUAUCCCACCCAUGUCCUCUUCACCCUCUCCCUAAUCCAAGUACCCCAUCCCAACCCCCUUCCUUCCCAAACGCCCAUGUCAGAUUCUGUCCCAAUAAGACCAGCUCUUCCAAAGACUGUCCGCACGGCAGGCCAAGUUAUUAUCUUGUGUACUAGAUCUAGAGCCUGUCGUCCUACCUUUGUUGUAUAAGUGCAAUGAAUUAAGUCUCCAUUGUGUUACUCCUCUGUGUCCAGAGAAAUACAAAAAAAAAAGUUUUAAUCUGCCAACACAUAUUGAGAACAUAUUCUUGGAUUUCUUAAAACAAAAUUGUGACUGACAUUAGGGUUGUGAAUAAAGUUCAGCAUCCCACUACAAUAAUGUUGAAAUACCAAUAUAGUUGAUCAAUACAAUAAUAUUGCAUUAUUGAAUUAUUGCUAACAAUUGCAUUGUCAAUGUAAAAGCUAAUGACAAUGAUAACAAGUAAUCCCCUCAACACUCUCAAACCCUCAUUGAAGACAAAUAAAUAUAUGACUGCUCAUAAACAUCAUAUGGAUUUCCCUUGCGAAACUCUGAUGGUUUGUUGUUUUUCAGUUUUUGUUGUAUAUAAAAGAGAAAAUAAACAGUGGAAACAGUACAAGCUACUGUACACAACCUUUAGAUAGUGUACAUGUGCUUCUGGAUAAGGGAAAGGGAUUUUGACCACAUUGCUAAAUUGUAAGACAAGAGUGGUCGAGCCUUGCAGACCAGAGGUACUGCUUAAUACAAGGCACACAUAAUGCCAUAUCUGUAUCCCGUUGAAUGUUUCCAAAAAAAAGCCUAGUUACAUUUAUGGUCUUAAGUUGCCAUUACUAUUUAUAUCAUCCAGUGUGUUUUCUCUAAAGCAUUUCGAUGUCAAUAGCGCUCACUGUUCCCACCUACCCCAACUCACCAUUCCCUCCCUCUUUCAUCUUCCUCCCUCUGUUCCUACAACCUGAACACGUCAGAUGUUUCUGUUUUGUAGCAUUUGAUUUUUUUUAAACAUGCGUUUGCUAUGAUGUAUCAUAGAGUUGAUAAUGGUAUUUGCACUUGAAAAUGGUUAUUUCUCAUGUAAAAAUGUCUGGAUUUUGUAUUGUCUUUUUAAAUGAAUGGAAUUGGUGUUCUUA